AUGGAUGGUGUAGCCAUGAUUGAGCCCAAUGAUGUCAAGGGAAUUCCAGGCCCUGAAGAACUAGCUCCACCAGCACAGCGUCUUCUCGACGACAAACGUGCUAGCUAUCGCUAUCAGCUACACAUAGACCAUCUUGCUAUUCUGAUGAGGAUGCUAACUAGGGUCAAACUACAUGAACCAACGUGGAGUCGGCAACACUUCCAUUACGGCACUCUCGAGGAACCGACACCCCAACAAGAUCAGCUUGUGAAUAUACUCGCCAAGCAAUUCAACUGUCGGGUGGUUUCUUAG